AUGACACCUGCCGCAGACGCGGUAGGCGCAGCGUCAUCGUCGGCGGGGAUCAGCGCGCAGUCGCUUGCACUGGUGCCUGCGCGCGCGCGCGGCGGAAGCGGGGGGAACUGGGGGGAGCUGAUGGCGGGGAGGAGGGCGGAGGAAGCGGCGGCAGUGGCAGCGGCGGUGGGGGAAGAGAGCGCGGAAGUGGUGAUGGGCAUUCUGUGGAAGUGGGUGAACCUGGGACGAGGCUGGGGCAUGCGGCUGUUCGUUCUGGAAGGGGUAAGUACGCGAUCUGGCGAUGGCGAUGAUGCCAGCACGACCUUUGAUGAGGACGAGGAGGAGGACGAUGAAGAGGAUGACGAAGAAGAGGAGGCGGAAGGGGAGGAGGAAGCUGGGGGUGAUCAGGAGGCUGACAGCAGUGCGGUUACUAGUUCAGGUCACGGGCUGUUGAAGCGCAGUGGGAGCGACCUCAGGUCAAGGCAAAUUGGUAGCAGCGGCCGCAGGUCCGGGAGGGCUCGGAGCAAAGCUCGGCGCGCUGCCAAGGCCGACGUGUUGGCUCGGGACAAUGACGAGGACGAGGGAGGGUCGGGCAGCAGCGGCGGGCAGGAUGACGAGUUUUUCGAAGCCAUGGAUGAUUUCGUCAGCUCUGGGAGUGUGCUGACUGUGCUGGAUAUUCAGGAGGUAUGUGGGAGUGGGAUGGCUGGGCCUCAUGUGUCAAGGAAGUGCAUUGUAUUCUCUGAGUCAGCUCGGGGAGUGUGCAUCAAGCCGGCCAGCAUCUGGUCGAUUCUCAAAGACCUGGUGGGCAAGGACCUCUUCAAGGUGGGAUUCACGUACCCCAAGAUACCUCGAAGGGAGCGCCUGCCUUCCCCAGCGGAGGAGGAGAAGCCGGUCAGCAUCUGGUCAAUUCUCAAGGACCUGGUGGGCAAGGACCUCCUCAAGGUGGGAUUCACGUACCCCAAGAUACCUCGAAGGAAGCGCCCGCCUCCCCCAGCGGAGGAGGAGAAGCUGGUCAGCAUCUGGUCGAUUCUCAAGGACCUGGUUGGCAAGGACCUCCUCAAGGUGGGAUUCACGUACCCCAAGAUACCUCGAAGGGAGCGCCUGCCUCCGCCAGCGGAGGAGGAAAAGCCGGUCAGCAUCUGGUCGAUUCUCAAGGACCUGGUGGGCAAGGACCUGUUCAAGGUGUCGCUGCCUGUGAGCUUCAACGAGCCCAUCAGCACCAACCAGAAGUACUGCGAGACAUACGAGUACAGCUGGCUGCUCGACCGCGCUGCCGAGUACGGCCGCCGGGGCAACAAGCUUAUGAGGGCAGUGCACGUGGCAGCAUUCGCAGUGUCGCGCUACUCGGGCAACGCUGGGCGCAUGCACAAGCCCUUCAACCCGCUGCUGGGAGAGACGUUUGAGGCGGACUGCCCCGACAAGGGCUUCCGUUACGUCUCAGAGGCGGUGCUGCACUAUCCCCCCACGCUCGCAUGGAACUGUGAGGGCACGGGGUGGCGCAGCUGGGGGGACGCGUGCCUCAAGGUGCGCUUCUGGGGGCCGUCCGUGCAGCUCGACCCCGUCGGUGUGCUCUCCGUGGCAUUCGACGACGGGGAGGUCUUCGAGUGGAGCAACGUGACGGUGUCGAUUCAGAAUCUGAUUCUUGGGAAGCCAUUUGUGGACCAUUAUGGCACGAUGAGGAUCCGGGGGAACCGGGGGUUCUCGGCACGGCUGCGAUUCAAAGAGCGGUCCACUUUCGAUCGGAAUCCCCAUCAGGUCAGGGGCAUUGUUCAGAGUGAUGACGGGGAGGAAAAAGCCACCCUGGUGGGGCGGUGGGACCAGUUUCUGCACUUUGUGCCGGGGGAGCUGAGCAGCAAGUCGCAGAAGGAGGAGAGCGAGGUGUUGGCCACAGCACAGCUGCUGUGGCAGAAGUGCGCCCCCUCGCCCUUCCCCUGCAAGUACAAGUUCACGCCCUUCUGCAUCACCCUCAACGAGAUGACUCCAGGACUCAAGGAACACCUUCCCCCCACGGAUUCCCGUCUGCGGGAGGACCAGCGGGCGUUGGAAGAGGGAUACUAUGAUCGGGCGAUUCAGGAGAAGUCACGUCUGGAGCAGAAGCAACGCAAGGCGCUCAAGGCAGGCGAGCCGGGGUGGCACCCGCGAUGGUUCCAGCAGCAAGGGGGGCCGGGGAGCACGUGGACAUACGUGGGCGGGUACUGGGAGCGGCGAGGGGCGCACGACUGGUCGGGAAUUAAGGAUUUAUUUGCGGAUGAUGAGGAGGAGAACCGGCAGAAGGAGCAAAGGGGGAAGGAGCAGCGGGAGGAGGAGCAGCAGGAAAAGGAGCAGCGGGAGAAGGAGCAGAAGGAGAAGGAGCAGAAGGAGAAGGAGAAGAGGGAGAGAGAGCUGAAAGAAAAGGAGCAGAAGGAAAAAGAGCAGAAGGAGAAGAAGCAGAGGGAGAAGGAGCAGCAGGAGCAAUCUCGUCCUAUUCAUCAUGAUCCGCAGCAGCAGCAACAGCAGCAGGAGGAGGAGCAGGUGGGGAAGCGGGAGAAGCAGGAGGAGCAGGAAGGGCAGGAGGAGGAGCAAGAGGGGCAGGAGGAGGAGCCGGAGGAGGAGCAGGAGGGGCAGGAGGAGGAGCAGGAGGGGCAGGAGGAGGAGCAGGAGGGGCAGGAGGAGGAGCAGGAGGGGCAGGAGGAGGAGCAGGAGGGGCAGGAGGAGGAGCAGGAGGGGCAGGAGGAGGAGCAGGAGGGGCAGGAGUAG